ACCCACGAGAAAAAUUACCUGUGUAUAAAGCUACUGUGUGGAGCAGAGAAAGUAGUUGUUAGUAAACUAAAGAGAGUCAGUAACGGAGCAGGAAUUGGACGAGGCGGGAAAGCAAGUGUUCUAAAAUCCCUAACUAUGAGGCUGCUCUACGUGGUAGCGUUGGCAGUCUCCUGCUCUCUGUGUCCAGUUUGGACUCAAUCUUCCUCGUCAUGUUCUGGAGCUUUCGACUUCAUCUUCGUCGUUGACAGCUCGCUGAGUCUGGCGGACCACUACAAAGAUUCGGUGGUGCCGUUCGUGGAAGACGUCGCAAACCACUUUGUCAAUCCUGAUUUCCGGCUGAGUAUUAUCACGUUCGACGAAUACGUCCACCUGCAUCUCCCAUUGACACCCACCCAAGACAGGGAAGCCAUAAAAGAGGGCAUAGAGAGCAUGCGCAAUGUGGCACAUGGAAUUGGAACUGAUCUCCCUGCUGCCAUUGAUGAGGCUCUGACUCAGAUCUCUAAUAAAAGUGACUCUGUCAAAGUGGUUCUGGUGGUCACCGACGGACUGUGGACUGGCAAUAUUUUCAGAGGGGUGGUGGAGUUAAAGAAACUUGGUGUACUAAGAUUUAUUGUCGCAAUUGGAAAUGUGGAUGAAGAGGAGUUCCUGCAGUUUGUUGACAGUUUAGACCAGACCUUCAUUGGAAAUGACUUUCUCUAUCUUCAGCAGAUCAUAGAUAUGGUGAUAGAGCGAACAUGUGUGGAGGUGACAAGUAUCCAGCCCAGCCAGUACUGUCAGGAUCGGAAUGCCACUGACCUCCAGCUCAAAGGUCGCGGGUUCACCAUCAACCUCAACCGCAACAGGGCUCAAUGUCGCUUCCAGACUGACAACGGACCCAUUGUGACUCGACCAGUUGGGGAAAUAACAAAGUACAACAUGACAUGUGAAGACCCAGGAAUAAACAAAACAGGAACAUAUGUCAUUCAAAUAACCCUGGAUGGAGUCACCUAUGUUACCAGCAGUGUCAGACUUGUAGUGGCUGACUGUAAGGUGCCAGGAGAUGAUGGAGAUGGAGGGGGAGGGGGAGGAGGAGGAGGGGGAGGAGGAGGAGGUAAAGUAGAUGCAGGACUGGCUGUGGGUCUCCUGUUUGCCAUCAUUGGCCUCAUCCUCCUCAUCCUCCUCUGCUGUUUCUGGAUCUUCUUCCCCCUCAUCUGUUGCAGGAUUGUAGGUGGACUACCACCAGAACCAAAAGAGGAGGAGCCAGAGCCAGUGGAGCCCAGGCCUGGCAGGAAGUGGGAGGUGGUGGAUGCCUCGUACUACGGCAGAGGUGGAGCAGGGGGCAUCAGACCUGUUACUGUGCGGUGGGGUCAAGGUGGAGCAACAGAGGAAGGAAACAAACUCACAAAAGCCAAGGAUGCUGAGGUGUUGGAGGUGGUCGAACAGCCAGGGGUACCUGCCCAGCCAGUCACCAGGCCUCCUCCCCCCGGCUGCUGGGACAAGUUCAAGAAAAGGUGAAACGAAUGUAUGCUGUUGCCUCAUCCUACAGACAGUCUGGGGACCCACCAAGCAGGUCCUGUGGUUCCCUGGAACUAACCUAAGACCUCGUCACAGCCAACUGCAAGCCACGCUUAUAAGGCACCUGCUACUUCAAGACCGAGCAAGCCAGCUCCUGCCCCACUCAGGGCCGGAAGGUUGGUGUGAAACAUGGUGUACACCAAAUGAGCUCUAAACACACCCCACUCUCUAUCUCUUCGUAGCUCACUGCCUUCCUAUUGCCAGAGAACGGGUCAUCCCAGCUCUCCAGUCGGUCACCUCCCCGUAUGACUCCUCCAACCCCCAGCCCUCCUCCUCUCCGCCCACACCCGAGCCCCUCCCCGCCCUCCCUCUCUCAACAGGCCCUCUCUUCCUCCUCGUUCCUCCUGCCAACUCCUAAUAAUGAUCCUCUGUGUUAAUUGUCAGUAUCGGGGAGAGGCUGUUUUGAUCAUUAUUCUUUCUACUACUAUUAUAAUGUAUGUCUCUGUAAAGCCAUUGUUGUUCAGUAAAAGGUGUGGAGAAAUG